CGUUGAUGCAGUGUGCCUCCACCUGCGUCACACAAGAGAAGUAUUACCGAGCUUUCAACAUCAACGGCACCAGCCCAGCUUACAACUGCUACAUCAUGGCUACCUUCCACGGUUUCAUGGAAGAUCCCCUCACAAAUAUCUACUAUGACCGAGACAUGUAUGAGAAGAGUGGAUUCCAUCAGGAGCUGGGUCGUCGUGUGUUUUAUCCCACACCAGCCUCAUCUGCUCUCAGCUGGUUAGAUGCCUACUCUGCCUGUAAGGAAAUGUGGGCAUCCUUCCUGAUGCCCCUGACACAGCAGGAGUGGGACUGGAUGAAAGGAGUUGCUGCCAACAAUGGUUACAAUGAAAUGUGGGUUGGCAUCAUGGAGGGUUACGAAGAACAAGGGUCAUACUUCUGGAUGCAAGCGUUGGAAACUUUCAUUGCUCCUGGCAAUGUGAGUAUAAGCUGGGAAGAUGAUGGCUACUCCCUUCGAGGUUGGGACACAGUCCUUAAUGCUAACGUCAUUAUUGACGACAACAUAGACUGUACUCUGUUGAUACAAGCUACCUCGCAGAUUGUUAUUGAAGACUGCUACAAACAAUAUAACUUUGUGGGCUACAUAUGUGAGGCUGUGCUACCUAACCCAUAGGCUUCUGUUGUGAACCAAUCUCGUACAGUACUCACGGUAUUCCCACCUCACUUCAAUCUCAUUAUUAUAUCAAAAUUACUUCAAUUACCUGGCUACUCACAUUGUAAUAAUGCAAUUUAUAUAAUCAAUGAUACAGGUAUUUUGCUCUCUUUACAGGUACCAAGGCCGAAUUAACCAUUAGGAAAAUAAAGUUUUAGAUUAUUUUUGUCAUUAUAUCUGACUGUGU